ACCUCCACAACUUCACACAUGUUUACGCACGGAGAAGGAAACAACCUGAAGGGAUGGCUGUUUUUUUAAUUUAUGCAAUAAUUAAUUUUUAAUCACAUUCUCUAAAGUGCAAUAUAUUCAAAACAGUUAAUUUUCAUAUCAUUUCCCACGCUCUUUGCUAGAUUGUGCUUCAUCUAUAAAGUAUUCAAACUAGUCUAAAUUUUGUGUGUAUAUACUUAAUUAUAUCACAUUUACAUCAGGGAUUGAAUAAUUCAAUUUGAAUUGCAAUUUGCAAAUUUGGUGAAAAUGUCGAAUCCUCUACGACGUCUAACUCCUGAAGAACGGUCAGAAGAAUACGAAAGGAAUCCAAAUCAGCCAGACAAUAUUGGUAAUAAUGAUCUCGGAGGGGCCGUGGGAGGUAUGCGACUUCGCGAUGAAAAUGCUCUCUCAUUUCGCCAUUUUCUUCAACCCCAUUCUGAUGUUGUGCCUCAACCAGCUCCUACAAGAUGCAGAGGCACGAGAGGUGGAGUUGAUCUUGUCGAAGCGACGAUGGCGCUGCCCGAUUUUGUUCAGGAUCAUUUAGUUCUCGAGUCUUUGGCUGCAGCUGCGGAGCCUUCUCAAGAUAUGUCCCCCUCGCGUCCUCACGCUGAUCAUCCCCUUGACCUGCAUGUGCUGAAUGAUAUCCUCCCAGACUUUGGUGGUUCUUCUAGUCAGAGAAACCCUCGUGGUAGAAAUUCCCACAAUUCAAGUCGUCGGAGUGGUCAUGAUCCAUUGGCGAAUAAUUUAGAUAUUUCAAUCGGUUCUGCCUUGCCUGACUUUUUGUCUGAUGGCCCGAUGCAACUUAACCAUGACCCAAACACAGUUAAUUCCCCUUCGCCAUCAUCCGGAAACAGAGGCAGUAGGAAUAGACAAGCAGUUGAAAAUAGCUUGCCAGACGUUGAGCCUGUUCGAGGCCCCAGUUUUGAUUCAAAAGAAUCGCUGCGCUUGCAAAUUGAUCGAUUAAGAUCUGAAGUGACUGAGAAGAAUCGCAGAAUCAAUCUACUAGAGACUGAGUUGGCGUCACAAAGGAGUACGUCAACAAAUCUGGAACUAUCACUCCGAACGACUGAAAGGAAUCUAGUGGACGCAGUAAAACGAGCAACAGAGGCUGAGCAGUUGGCUAAUCCAACAUGCCAACAUGACAUAAAUUAUGUUAAUGGUCAUGGGGAUAUCUUUCCAACUUCAUCGUCGGAGAACGGACUACGUAUGAACUCUGCGGCAAUUCAUAGUAUUGCUCGUACAUCUGAAGGUCUCAUUGGCCAACUCUUGCACCACAUGCAGGAGCUGAAGAAAAUAACCGAGGAUGAACCACCCAGCCAAGAGAAGACCAAGAACAGCGACAAAGAAGUCAAACCACGUAGUAGUCGUUGAGAGAUGGAAUUAUUCUAUAAUCAAAAUAAAUAUAACGUUUUCUCAUGCGCACAGUUUAAAAUAGAAGCUAAAUACAUAUGUGCUAGUAUAUAUUUUUUAUUGAAUUCACUCCAAAUGCUAUGUGUGCCUGGCCUGUUGUUGAUAAUGCUAAAUAAUUCAAUUUACUUUGAAGAAUAUGAACCGGAUUAAGUCAAUUAAGUCAAUGAAUUAAUACGAUAAACAAUGAGAUUUAUAUGAGGUGAUUGAAUCUUCAGAUACAUGUAUAUGUAUACCCAUUUUGAUCAAUUGUCCAAGUUUUUAUUUAAAUUGUACCCUUUUCUUUUUUACUGUGCAACUGAUUUUUAUAUAGCAAUCCAUUUUCAAACUAUUUUAAAACAAUUUGUGUUCUAUAUUUACAUUAAAGUAAAUGUCGCCAUUUUACAAGUACAACGAAUUCAUGCAUUCAUUUUUUGUGGACUAUGUUAGAAUCAAAAGUACAUCAAAAAAAGCAUGCGAUUUUUACAAAAUAUUUCUUUGUCCUCUUGAUGUGCCUGAUAGAGGCACGCUGUUGAAAUAUUAUGGAUAGAAGGUGCCGCAGGACGAAUUGUUUACAAACAAAAGUUGAUAAUAAAAUAUACUAAACCAAAUGAUACUAGUUCAA